UCGACACUUUGCGUUCAGCAAACCUGAGCAUUCUCACGUUUUAACUUGCCGUUUUCCCGACGGUCAUCGACCCCCCUUUCCCAGCUCCAUACUCACCAAUAUCCCCGAACCGCCAACGGUCGGAUCGGAAACCAGCCAAAAUGCAUCUCCGAUCGCCUUCCGCGCUGCUCUCCCUCCUCGCCCUCGCCCUCACCACGUCCGCCUCGCCCGUCGCCGUCCCGCGUGCCGAGGCCGCCGACACAAAGGGCUGCACCGACACGUCGUUCCGCGGUUUCGCCUGGCUGGCGCGGAGCUUCGACUUCCACGCCUCGUACGUCUUCACGACGCCGGCGCACCAGAACUCGUGGGGCUUCGUGUCGUUCGACCUGUACAACCCGGCCGACAAGUCGACGGCGCACUGCGAGGCGACCAGCGACCAGCUCAGCGACUUCUUCUACGGCAACAUGCCCUACAAAUGCAACGACACGGGGCGCAUCGGCGCCACCAGCUUUGACUUCAGCCGGCCCGCCAACCGGCUGCGCGUCAACCAGACCUGGACCUGCGACGACCGCGAUCCGCAAUGGCCGACCACGUUCACGGGACGCGGCACGGCCAACCUCUCGCUGGACUGCACCGACACCACGUGGAAGAACCCGAACUGGACCAUGGGCCAGAUCUACUCCAGCCGCACCAUCAAGUGCAAGCCGGUGGAUGCCAGAAUCCUGCCUGUUGAUUUGAGCGCUGUUGCGGACGUAUGAUACGGAUGACAAGGCGCGGCGCGGCAACGUUGGGUACCAAGCACCAUGCAUUCCAACAUUAGUUAAUGGCUGGAUAAGAGGGUCACGGCAACGGAUAGACGGGUUGGAUGGGCAGCGGGCACUGGGUUUACCUAUUAUCAGCAUUAUUCUAGUGUAUAAUGGCAGUCUUUGCCCUUCACUUAGACUCAUUCGGCUCUUGCGUAUCCGCGACGUCAUCUGACAUCAGCACUCCACAAGAGACUCCUAUAUACCAGCAAAAACGUGAUGAUCGCGACCCCUUAUUCCUACCUAUUUAUGUCUUGAGCACAAAACAUACACCAAGCAUAUGGGAGAAGGGCUCCC